CGCAAUAACCUAAUUUCCCAUCAAAACAAACGACGUCGUUGUAUCUUCAGCGCUAUAAAACUAGCAAUGUUUUCAAUCUAGGGUUUCAAUCGCCAGGGUUUUCCAAAAUUCGCAGACUGAGCCUCUAGCCCCUCUUGAAGCUCUCCAAGUCGCGAAAAUGCCGUCACACAAGACAUUCAUAAUCAAGAAGAAGCUGGCGAAGAAGAUGAGGCAGAACAGGCCUAUUCCCCACUGGAUCCGCAUGAGAACCGACAACACCAUCAGGUACAAUGCAAAGCGUAGGCACUGGCGCCGCACCAAGCUAGGGUUUUAAGGUGGAAGAGAUGUUGGAUUUUGAAUUUGAACUUUAUUAUUAAGUGUAGUUUCGAUUUUGCAAGACUUGAAACCGAUGUUUUACAUUUUGGAACUUAUUUAAAUUGGAUUUUUGUUCAAUCUUCAGUUUAUUGUGAUAUUUAAAAUGAUGGUUUAGAUUCUCUUCAA